GUAGCAUUGUGAAUACUUUUGAUAUCAGUAAUAAUGAAAAAUUGAAUAGCAUAUCAAAGUUGAUACUGCCUAUCAAUACUUGGAAGUCUGCAUUCGUCCUUUAGUGUCCCAACCUGAGGAAAAGCAAUGAAAACAUUGAGAUGGAAAUGGAACAGAGUAGAGAAGAUUUACUAUGUCAGUGCAAAUAUAUACUGAAAAAAUGUAAGGGGGGAAAUAAUCUAUACUACUUAAGUGGUAAAUUAAGAUUAUCCUGAUUACUGGUACUAUAUUUUGGAUUUCUUUAGAUGUUGAAGGCAAGCCUAUUUAUUUAAUGAGUUUACAAAAGACCUGAUUAUGGAUUUUGUCUGGAGGAAUAAAAAGUGGAACGCCGUAGCUCUGUGGGCAUGGGACAUUGUGGUUGAUAACUGUGCCAUUUGCAGAAACCACAUUAUGGAUCUAUGCAUAGAAUGUCAAGCCAACCAAGCAUCGGCUACCUCUGAGGAGUGCACAGUUGCAUGGGGUGUCUGCAAUCACGCUUUCCACUUCCAUUGCAUCUCUCGCUGGCUCAAAACUCGCCAAGUAUGUCCACUGGACAACAGGGAAUGGGAGUUCCAAAAGUAUGGACACUAGAGAGAUGGUCACGCGCUUCUUGUUAUGUCAUCGAACUCAGCUGUUCUUGUCACUAUGAGUUUGUUUUAGUGACUUGGAAUGUCUGUAAUGUAUACAAUUCUUCUUUCGUGCUAAUUUCUUCCUAUUGUAUACCAUUGAAUAAAGUCUUGCUGGAGCUUCC